AUGGCUGCCUCCACCUCCCAUCUCGACCCUCAUGCUACCCCUACUCCCCAAUCGGACAGCUCCUCCUUCGUCGAAGUGAUGCAUUCCUCGAGUUCGGCAUCGGAUAAUUCAUUGAAUCUACGUUACACACCAGAUAUCAGUACAAGUGGCAGCAAUGAAGACAGCUCUGGGGGUAGGGUGGUGAAUAUCGGGUCACGUCCCCAGCCUGGAUCGACGGAAUUGCCUCUAUUACACACGAAGCUUGAUGUCAAUGAUGACGACAUUGAGAUUACCGAAAGUGGAGGGGCGGAUAGGCGUUUACUCGGAGCUGAUGGCAGUGGUAAUGACGAUUAUAGCUAUAACGAGGGAUAUGACUCUGAACAAGAUUUUAAACAUCGUCACCGAAGGAAAAGACGUGGUAGCGCGGGCGCGGGCGCGAGUGCUGAAUACACGGCGGAAGAGGAGAAAGAAGUUAUUAGAAAAUUGGACAGAAGAUUGGUUCUAUUCUUAUCUCUUUUAUACCUCCUUUCUUUCCUGGAUAGGUCAAAUAUCGGAAACGCCAAAAUCGCAGGUCUUUCCGACGAUCUCAGGCUAUCAUCUUCGCAGUAUGAAUGGCUUCUCACUGCGUUUUACAUCACAUAUAUCACUUUUGAAUGGAUGACUUUGAUGUAUAAGCUAGUGCCCGCUCAUAUCUAUAUCUCAUUAUGCGUCUAUGCAUGGGGUGUGCUGGCAUCCUGUCAAGCCUUGACAAGGAACUUUGGGGACAUGCUCGUCCUUCGAGCAUUGUUGGGCAUAUCAGAAGCAGCCUUCGGUCCUGGUGCCCCUUUUUACCUAUCUUUCUUCUACAAACGCGAGGAACUCGCCUACCGAACGGCACUUUUCAUCUCGGCGGCGCCCUUGGCUACUUCCUUCGCCAGUAGCCUGGCAUGGGUGAUUGUGACCUUGAGCAGCAGUAUUCCUGUCGCUCCGUGGCGUUCACUAUUUCUUAUCGAGGGGUUUCCGAGUCUGAUAGCGGCGGUUUUUGCCUGGAUAUUGAUUCCUGAUUCGCCGGGCAAAGCGAGAUUUUUGAACCCGCGACAGAGGAAGGUGGCUAAAUUGCGAUUGCAAUCGAAAAAUAAAAUUGAACAUCAUACUUCUGCGCCUUCGUCGUCCGAGAGGUUUAAUUGGAAGGCCGUGAUUGAGACGUUGUGUGAUCCAAUGUCGUAUCUUGUAGCUUUGAUGUUUCUUGGUUGUAACGUGGCGUUCAGCUCGAUGCCUGUCUUCUUACCAACAAUCAUUAACAACAUGGGUUAUUCAUCCAUUGCUUCACAGGCACUCUCAGCGCCUCCCUUCUUGAUUGCCUUUGUAGUGGUACUGGUUACCGCUUCGCUUUCUGAUCGCAGUCGCAGCCGAAGUCCGUACUUGAUAUUCCACGCCCUUUUAUCUGCGAUCGCUUAUCUUGUCAUUGGACUGGUUGGAUAUUUCCACUCGGAUAUUCCCGCAUCUCUUCAUACAAUCAUCAGAUAUCUAUGCAUAUACCCCGCCACUGCCGGCUUCUUCUCCGCAAUCACGAUUAUUAUUACCUGGAGUAUGGACAAUCGCGUUGCGCACGAGGGCAAAGGCAGCAGCAUUGCCAUACUCAACAUUAUCGGGCAAUGCGGCCCCCUCAUAGGCACCAGACUCUAUCCAGAUAGCGACGGCCCAUGGUUUGUGCGCGGCAUGCUGACAUGCGCCGUUUUUAUGGGCGUGGUUGCAAUGCUGGCGUUGUCGUUGCGCAUAAUUCUGAUAAGGAAGAAUCGGCGCAUUGUUGAGAAGAGAAAUCAGAUGGGGAUUGAGCUAGCUGAAGGCGAGGGUUUGAUAGACCAUGGGCAGCAAAAUGUGUCGCCGCAGACUGAGAUGUUCACACAUAUCAUAUAG